AUGGGGGAGCCACCAAGUUAUGCUCCUACAGCUACAUCUAGUUACACAGUACCUACUACUAACUAUCAUGAAGAGAUAACGAAGUCUUCACUUAUUAAAUCACCCAUUGAUAGAUCAGUACUUGAUUCCAUGGCUGAAAUCUAUUCUAUUAUCACUGUACUUGAAAUGAUUGAAAACUCCUAUAUCAAAGAUUAUAUCACUGAUAAGGAGAAAUAUACCCUGACGACGUUAAGAUUGAUUAACCAGUAUCAAAUUAUAUUGAAAGGUUUCAAGGAGGAUGAUUUAAAGAAGAACAAAUGUAAUGAAUUAUUAAAUAGUAGCGAUUUCGCUAAUUUCCUUGAUGAUUUCACCAGGAAAUUCAAAUUGAAUUGUCCUUUGGCUAUUAAUAGACUCAGUAGAGGUGUACCAAUAACCAUAGAACUGUUUGAAAACGAAAGUUCCAACAAUUCCAGUCGAAUGUCACCUUCCUUAUCAAAUAUCCCAGUUUCAGUUGAAGCUAAGACCGGUCAAGUGAGAUUGAUUGCUGAAUGUACCAGUAAUUUUAUAACCUGUAUGGACGCCUUAAAGUUAAACUACAAGACCAAAGACCAACUUCAUCCUUUAUUAUCAGAAUUGGUCAUUAAUCUCAAUGAGUUAAUCGAAAUCAAUGCCAAGUUUGAAUUUCCUGGUAAAUCAAAAUUGAUCAACUGGUUGAUCAAACUUAAUAAUCUUCAACAAGAAUUAGAUUCUGAAGAGAUAGAACAAUUUUUAAGCGAUUUAAACACAGCAUAUAAGAAUUUUUACCUGAUAUUAGAGUAA